UGUUGGGAGGCGCCGGGGGUGACUUUGCGGGGCGGCGGGGCUGCCAUCAUGCUGGCGCGGCUGGGGCGCUCGGCGGGGCGGCUGCUGCGGGCGGGGAGCGCCGCGGCCGGGCGGCGGCACGCGGGCGGCGGGGUGCACAUCCCGCCGCGGUACCGGCAGUUCCCGGAGCUGACGCGGAAGCAGGUGAUCCAGAGCGAGCUGAUCAGCGGGUUGAUGUGGUUCUGGAUCCUCUGGCACUUCUGGCACAGCUCGGACAUGGUGCUGGGACACUUUCCCUACCCCGACCCGGCGGCCUGGACGGACGAGGAGCUCGGGAUCCCUCCGGACGACGAGUAGGAGACGGCUCCGGCGCUCCCCGUGGGCAGGUCCCUGGAACUAGAAGCCCCUGGAACCAAAGCUUUGGCUCCUCGGUCCUUAUUUCAAUAAAAAGUUGAUUGUAAACAA